UGUUGUAAUGGGACUCUUAUUAUUAGAUUUCAUAAGUCCAAAAAAUCAAAUACUAUUUCUUUGCGUUCUUUGUAAAGUUGGGAUUGUUUCCGUGGAAUAUUAUCUUUGAUUCUCUCCUUCCUCCGGUAUCUCAAUCACACUUCUACGCGUCACUGUUAUCUCCUUCAGGUCUAUUUCAAUGUUGCAUGACCUUAUUCUUCAGUGCAAUCCAACAAUGGCAUAUUCAGGAUCAAUUCGAUUGUCUCAUGACGUUAAGCAAUAUAUUAGUAUUGGAAGCUGUAGUUUUUGUCAUAAACCGAAUCCUGGUAAUCGAUUAUGUUUUGUUGCCUUCGACCGUUUGUGCCAUGGGUUGAGAAUGGAGUCUUCACCGCGCAUCUCUUCCCGAUUAUAUAGUCAAAUUAAGCCUAUACCAUCUAGUUGUAAUGCUUUGUUGUGCCGGUCUGCUCUUGUACCGGCUGGAGGGUGUGAGGCUCCACUGAUAAAAGUGGCUACUGUUUCUUUGUCGAGGUCAUUUAAUGCUAUAUCAGGAAGACCAACUGUGCUUCAAUUGAUCCCUGCCCUUGGUAUCAUUGGCUUUGCUGUCUUUGGUCUUGAACCUCUCCUGCGCUUUUGCAGAUCUCUGUUUCUCCAAGAAUGGACUGAUAGAAGUUGGAAGAAAAGUAAUUCAUGUUAUAUAAUGACAUCUUAUUUCCAACCUUUGCUGCUGUGGACUGCCGUACUGCUCAUCUGCAGGAGUUUAGAUCCACUAGUCCAGCAAUCAAAAACCAGUUCAGUUAUAAAACAACGGCUGCCGAGUUUUAUCAGAUCUUUUUCAACUGUGUUUACAUUUGCUUACUGUUCUUCAAGCUUUGUUCGACAAGCACAAAAAUUAUGUAUGGAGACAAAUGGCUCCAGUGUAGAACGAAAUAUGAGCAUUGAUCUUAUCGGGAAAGCUGUAUAUACCGCAAUAUGGGUUGCUGCCGUGUCAUUGUUCAUGGAGUUGCUGGGUCUCUCCACUCAGAAGUGGUUGACUGCUGGUGGUAUGGGUACAGUGUUGCUUUCGCUUGCGGGUCGUGAGAUAUUCACGAACUUCCUUUCAAGUUUGAUGAUUCAUGCAACUCGGCCAUUUGUUGUGAAUGAGCGGAUUAAAACAAAGAUAAAAGGAUACGAGGUUUCUGGUAGAGUUGAGCAUGUAGGCUGGUGGUCACCAACAGUAGUUAGAGGUGCUGAUUGUGAAGCAGUUCACAUUCCUAAUCACAAGUUGAGUGUAAAUGUUGUAAGGAAUCUUAGUAAGAAAACUCAUUGGCGCAUCAAAACUCACCUUGCUAUCAGUCACUUGGAUCUUAACAAUAUUAGCAGCAUCAUAGCUGAUAUGCGCAAGGUUUUGGCCAAAUAUCCUCUAGUAGAGCAAAGAAAAUUGCACAGAAGGGUUUUCCUGGAGGAUGUCAAUCCAGAAAAUCAAGCUCUCAUGAUACUAGUAUCUUGCUUUGUUAAAACAUCACAUUCUGAAGAGUACCUCCGUGUUAAGGAGGCCAUUCUGUUGGAUCUUCUAAGAGUCGUCAGUCAUCAUGGAGCUCGGCUAGCCACACCCAUCCGCACAAUUCAGAAGAUGUACAGUGAUUCUGAUUUAGAAAUUGAUCCAUUUGACAGUGCCAUUUUCACUCGUUCUAGAGCAAAGGGAAACCACUCUGUCCCAUUCAUAGACGAUGGUGAAAAAAUUGCAGCGACAUGGACUCCCUCUUCCAGUGUAAAGUCCCAGGAUAAGUUUAAGUCAUCAUCUCAAGCCAAGCCGCAGAAUGUCGGUUCUGAUAAUUUUGUCCAGAAGGCCUCUAAAUCGAGAACAGCACCCAAAACUUUGUCAUCAUCCAAGGGAACUUCGCCUUCAAAGAAAGAUGAAGAAAAAUGAUCCAGCUAUCUUUUUUUAUAGCCGGACAUUAUGUAUUGUAUAUUUGUAUUUUCCCUAACUGAUUAACCAUUAAGGGUGAUAUUGCAUUAUAUAACCCUGUAUUACACGCAACCUUAACUUGCAUUUGUAAAAGGUUGAUUUUAGCACCAGAACUAGAACUAAAACUAGCGAUCUCAACUGAUUACUCAUAUUAUGUACAUAAAUUGUGGGAUUUGUAGCAUAGAUCAUGUUCUUUAAGUAACAAUAAUUUGGCAAAAACAUGUACUUUAUUUUGGGCAUUACUCAUCCCACUCAUGAUGAGUGUGUCUUACAUGGUGUUGUGACUUAUUGAUCAAUAUUUAUAUAACUUUUCAUGUUCAGGCAGAA